AUGUUCAGAUCCAAGUCAUGCAGAGCAGAGAUCAGAAGCAGUAGCAUCACCAACAAAUACUAUUGCUUAAGCAAUGGAGGAAAAUCAGAAGCAGCACCAAGCCCAACAAAUCAGCAGCCUCCAGUGAUGGUGAGAUCUUACAGUACAUCAACUUAUAGUCCACACAAGAAUUCAACAAUGGUGAGAGACAAUCCAAACAGUAAAUCCAAGAGAAGCAACACUAAGGGGAAGAAAGGGUUAAAGGGGUUGUGUGAGGCAGAGAUUCAGAGGAAGAAGAGAGUGGCUGCUUAUAACGUGUAUGGUGUUGAAGGGAGAGUGAAGGGAUCUAUGAGGAAGAGCUUCAAAUGGUUCAAGGAGACUUGUUCAAAUGCUGUCUAUGGUUUGUGGUGAUCCGACAACAAAAUCUUCUCAAUCUUUCUUCUCUUGAUUCUUGUUUAUUUCUCCUCGUUGAUCCAUCAGAUAAGAUUCCACUAUC